AUGGCUUACGCUGCUAUUAAAUAUGGUAUCCUCCAUCCCAACCAGGCUGGAGCGCUGCCGAAGCGGUCUGCCGUAGACAUUGUGGUGUCCCUCAUCUACGACAUAGAAAAAGCACUUGCAGCUGGCAAGGUGGCAACUCUAGUCACAGAAGAUGUCAUGGGCGCUUUCGACGCAAUCCUCCGCAACCGCAUGAUCCUUCGCCUGCGGCAGCAGGGGUGGCCAGACUUCUUAAUCCGCUGGAUAGCAAGCUUCUUACUAGACAGACUAGCCAGUGUGCGUUUUCAAGACACGACUACACCUAGCGCGAGACUACGGUGCGGGCUCCCUCAAGGCUCCCCCAUCUCCCCGAUACUCUAUGUCUUAAUCACAGCGGCAAUCUAUUUCCUCUCGGGUGCGGCCCAGAGAUAUGGUUAUGCAGAUGACACGGCGAUGCUGUUUAUAGGCGACUCGCUAGAGGACACAGCGAGGCAAGCAAGCGAGGCAAUCGCGGCCAUGGAAUCCUGGGGAAGAGGCGAGGCAAUCCACUUCGACCCCAAGAAGACAGAAGUUAUGCACUUUUCUAGACGCAGGGCAGAUCACAGCCAAUCUCCCAUCAUACAUCACGGCGACAAGGAGAUACGGGCACCGACAUCCAUGCGGUGGCUCGGCAUCUGGCUCGAUAAGAAACUCACCUUCAACCAACAUAUUGUUUUAGAUGGACGCAGAAGGCCCGUGGGGUUAUAA